AUGUAUGAUAGCUAUAGUAAUCAAGAUUUUGAUCCCAGUGAUCAAUAUUAUAUAAAAGCGUUUCACGGCAGAUAUAUAGCAGCUCAUCCAGAUGGUCUACUAGUAACAGACGAUGAUGAUAUAAAACAUCAUGAUAUACAAUGGCGUAUAAUACCAUGUGAUAAUAACAGAGUUGCUUUACAAAUUGUUAAACAUCAGAAAUAUUUAUCAACUGAAGAUCAUGGAACUGUUAGAUGUUUUGAUGAUAAUGUUAACAAUGAUUCGUUAUGGGAAAUGAAACAAUUAGAAAAUGGGAAAUAUGCAUUUCGAUCAUGUUAUGGUCGUUGGUUAAAUGCAACAGGCAUGACAGAUGAUAAUCCUCCAGAAACUCAACCACAUCUAUUUGCAAAUAAAGAACAUCACCAUCAACAUGCUCAAUUUGAUGUUAUACCAGUUAAACAAUAA